AUGGCGUCAAAUAUCAUAAAACCAGCGUAUGCUUACACCGUUGUGUACGUUAGGGACGUCGCAAAAUCCGUAGAAUUCUACUCGAGAGCCUUUGGUUACAACGUUCGUCGUCUUGACGAGUCCCACAGGUGGGGGGAGCUAGAGAGCGGGCAAAAAACGAUAGCAUUCACACUGCUUCACCAGCAUGAGACGGAUGACCUAACCGGUAAAGUUCAGUCUACGCGUUCAGACAGUGAGAGAGCACCCCUCGAAGUCUGCUUCUGUUACCCUGAUGUUGAUGCAGCCUUCAAGAGGGCUGUGGAAAAUGGUGCGGUGGCAGUGAGCGAGCCUGAGGACAAGGAAUGGGGCCAAAAGGUUGGAUACGUUCGAGACAUUGAUGGCAUCGUUGUACGCAUCGGAAGCCAUGUUAAGUGA